GGACGCGAAGCCAGGCCCCUCUCGAGGAGCCCAGGCCACCGAGGAGUCGCUGCGACCUGUGACUUGAGAGCUGCGGAACUACCACUCCCGUUUGCCUGCUGGCGAUCAUCUUUAACCCCCCGGAGGACGUCAGCAUCCAGCUGCAGCGGCGCUCUCCCUGCCGCGGAGGACAGGACUACCCCUUCGGGCGUGACGGAUGGAGACAAGCCUCCCGGAGGACCUGCCCCUGCCGUUGUGGCUCGCGCGGCGCCCGCCACCGCCGUGAACCAGGGACCCUAAAGAAUGGCCGAACCUUGGGGGAACGAGUUGGCGUCCGCAGCUGCCAGGGGGGACCUAGAGCAACUUACUAGUUUGUUGCAAAAUAAUGUAAACGUCAAUGCACAAAAUGGAUUUGGAAGGACUGCGCUGCAGGUUAUGAAACUUGGAAAUCCCGAGAUUGCCAGGAGACUACUGCUUAGAGGUGCUGAUCCCAAUUUGAAAGACGGAACUGGUUUCGCUGUCAUUCAUGAUGCAGCCAGAGCGGGUUUCCUGGACACUUUACAGACUUUGCUGGAGUUUCAAGCUGACGUGAACAUCGAGGAUAAUGAAGGGAACCUGCCCUUGCACUUGGCUGCCAAAGAAGGCCACCUCCGGGUGGUGGAGUUCCUUGUGAAGCACACCACCAGCAACGUGGGGCAUCGGAACCACAACGGGGAUACCGCCUGCGACUUGGCCAGGCUCUACCGGAGGAACGAGGUCGUUAGCCUGAUGGAGGGAACCGGGGCGGAGGGAGCUGAGAAUCUACAAUGAAUGUGGGGAGGGCUCUCCCACACCGCCUGCUAUUCUGUCAGUUAAAUGGUUGGCUGUCCGAUUUUAAUAUCAUUUGUUAAAACUCAGUUUUGUCAUAUCUUAAGCAGCUUGUGAAAUCUUCUGAAACUGCUAAAUGGAAAUCUUACUACAGGUUUAUGAAUAUCUUUUUCACCUACAGAAUCGUGAGUUCUAACAUAUAAUUGCAAAUAGCUUUGGCUUUCUUCUUAUUAUUUUAUCUUCCCUUUACUUUUUCUUGGCUUAUUUCUCCCUUUGCUAGUCUCGAUACCCAACUUGAUGACUUUAUUUUAAAAAUGAUUUGUCCUGAUGCUUCUUUUGCCUAAUUAAAACACUUUUUCAAAACAGGA